AUGAAACUCUUGCGUCUCUCCACAAAAGUUGGAAUGGAGAGCAAUAAUGCGGCGUUGCGUGCGCAUCUUUUGUCGCUCCGUGGCACGGAGCCUGUGGGGGACCCCAAGAACCCACUUCAUGUGCAACUUCAAAUACACGAUGGCCACCGCAACACACUGCUGAGUCACACGAAGGAACUGUAUGUAACCGCCCUACAACAUCACUCGGAGACGUUUGUGAAUGUAAUUCCUCUUUUGCCCUUAUCUGAUGAUGAAUCUUCUCCCUCAAAUGAUGAGGGUACCAGUAACGACUCAAUAACCCUGUUUAGUGCGGCGUCAAUGACGGCGGACCGUGGGUUUACUCCGUUGUUUUCUCACGUGGCUCUUGGAGGAACCUUCGAUCGCCUCCACGCUGGUCACAAGCUGUUGCUUACAACAGCGUUAUUUUAUGCUUCAAAGUCUCUGCGCAUUGGCGUCACUUUGGAGUCGAUGCUGAAGAAAAAAACAUAUGGCUCAUAUAUUGAGCCAUUUGAGACUCGCUGUAAAUUGGUAUCUGAGUUUCUGUACUCUGUGCGAAGGGAUAUUGAUGUGACGGUUGUGGGAAUCACGGAGCCGAGUGGUGGUACAAAUCGCGAUGCGGAAAUUGAGGCAUUGGUGGUGUCUCCUGAGACUGCGGGUGUUCUCGCGUCUAUCAAUGAUGAGCGGGCGUCCUACGGGCUAAAACCACUAGAGUGCAUCCAAAUACCUUACGUAAGUGCAGAGGGAGAUGGCCGUGUCAGCUCUACGGAGCUGCGCAGGCGGUUGCAUGAGAACGCGAGCGGAGAUAAUUGA